AUGGCGGGUAAAGAGGCGACAGUCUACAUACUCGAUCUGGGGCGGUCGAUGGGCGAGAAGAGGAAUGGCCGCGAGCAGACUGACCUUGACUGGGCAUUGGAGUAUGUGUGGGACAAAAUCACCACUACCGUUGCCACAGGCAGGAAGAGCGCGUUGAUGAGUGUCAUUGGCUGCCGAACGGACGAGACCGAUCUCGCUGGGACUAUGGAAGAGGGUGAAGGGUACGAGAACAUUAAGGUGUUCUCGGAACUAAAGUCAUAUCUACUAGGUGAUGUUCGAAUGCUACAAGAGCAACUCAAGCCAAGCAAAACGGACAAUGGGGAUCUACUCUCCGCCCUUGCGGUAGCUGUACACAUGAUUGAUAACGCAACCAAAGGGACAAAAGGCAACCCAUUAAAGUACGAUCGUAGGGUCAUCAUCGUGACUGACGGUCGUGGCCAAAUGGACACUGAAGACCUUGAGCAGAUGGCUUUGAAGAUCAAGGAUUCAGAUGCUCCAUUCGAGAUUAUCCUGCUUGGUUUAGAUUUUGACGACCCAGAUGUAGGCUACACAGAAGAAACGAAAGAGUCUCGAAAGGCGAAGAACGAGCAGAUUUUGAAAGGCUUUGUAAAGGAUUGCAACGGCAAUUUCGGCACACUUGCGACAGCUAUCAAGCAGCUUCAUACCCCUCGCCUUAAGGACACCCGACCAGUUCAAAGCUACAGAGGCUCACUUACACUGGGAGAUGCUAGCAAGUACGAGGCCACUAUCACUAUCGACGUUGAACGGUAUCCAUGUACCAUGAUUGCGAAGCCACCCACGGCAAGUACAUUCGCAGUGCGUGCAGAUCAUGCUGGCGCAUCUGGCCCAAGCGUGGAGUCAUCGACAACUGUAGUUGGUGAGGACUACCCAAUGACUGAUCUGUCAGCGGUCCACAAUCAGCGCCUCUACCAGGUGGACAACCUGGAUGAGCCCGGCUUGAAAAAGCCAGUCGAGCUUGAUGAGCUAGAGCGCGGCUACGAAUACGGCAGAACAGCGGUGCACAUUUCGGAAUCUGACAUGAACGUUGUGAAAUUGGAAACCCACCAGGCUCUGGAGUUAGUGGGCUUUAUCAAGGGCGAGGAAUUUGAUCGUUAUCUUCCCUUGAGUCGCGCCAACUUCAUAGUGCCGCAAAAGGCCAACCCACAAGCUCAGCUCGCUUUGUCGUCCUUCAUUCACGCACUCUACGAAGCUGAUUGCUAUGCGGUUGCACGUUUGGUAGCGAAGGAUCUAAAACCUCCAGUGUUGCUACUACUUGUUCCGCGUAUCGAGUUAGAAUGGGAGACUCUGGUUGACGUUGAAUUGCCUUUCGAAGAAGACAUGAGACGGUACAAGUUCCCGCCAUUGGAUCGUAAACUCACAGUCAGCGGCAAGACCAUCACUGAGCAUAAAGAUCUACCGACAGAUGAACUUCUCAAUGCCAUGAGCCACUACGUCGAUGCGAUGGACUUAUCGACAUUUGGUCGCGACGAAGACGGCCAUGAGGAGGAAUACGCCAAACCAGAAGACACAUUUUCCCCCCUUGUCCAUCGUAUCCUCCAGGUCAUAAAAUGGCGGGCGACACAUCCCGAUCCCACCUUACCCAUGCCAGACCCGCCGGAGAUCCUGAUGAAAUACUCACAGCCACCAACAGAGCUCAUCGCGGCGGCUGUAAAGCAAUUGGAUUCCGUCAAGAAAGCAGCAGACGUCAAAAAGGUUCCGCCAAAGGUCAAAGGUCGUGGUAAACGGCAACGUACAGACCGCGAUAAGCCUCUUUCAGGCCUUGAUGUUGAUGAACUCCUCGGUAAACCCAAGCGUGUCAAGAUCGAGACCAACAACCUCAUACCUUCGUUCAAGCAAGCUCUCGCCGCCUCUGACGAUCUAGACGCCAUUCAAGAAGCCGUAGAAGGUAUUGCGAAGGAAGUCCAUAACCUCAUUAGCAGCAGUAUUGGAGACAACGCUUAUGGACGGGCACUUGAAGCUAUUCGCGUCAUGCGAGAAGAGCUCACCGAGCUCGAGGAACCAGAGAUGUACAACACAUUUGUGGUGCGGCUGAAGGAAGACAUUCUUGGCGGAAAGUUGAAUGGCAAUCGCCGAGAUAUGUGGUGGAAGAUUAAGGGAAGUCGGUAUGGACUCAUCGACUCGAAGAAGAGUUACGUCAGUCCUGUCACGGAGGACGAAGCCCGAAGGUUCUACGAGGUUUGA